CAAUUGAAAUAAUUUGAAGCGCCAAAAGAAAACUUUUCCAAGAAAAAUUGUUUUGAGUUUUGGGUUAUAUAAAAUGAAUGCUGCAGUUGACAUUACUCAAGAUAUUUGUUUUCAGAUAGCAGACCUCAAGUUUUAUGCGAAAGAACUACAGGACAAAAGUGCUACAGAGAGGCUUAAGAAGAUAUUGUUCGAUAGAAAAGCCUUGCCUUUGUUACAAGCUCUUGCCAAAGAUUUGCCUUCCAUUGCCUUAACUCUUGCAGAAACAGAUGCAUUGAAGACGUCUAAGAGUGAAGAACUUUCAGCGAUAGAAGAAAAGUUGAGAGAUGCUGAACAGAAUUUGGGAGAAAGUGAAGUUCAGGAAGCACUUGUUUCACGUGCAGACUUUUUUGCGAGAAUAGGAAGCUUUCAAGACGCAAUGGACGCCUAUGAAAAAGCAGAGUCUCACGCGGUGGGAGUUGGUAGUAAACUGGAUAUUUUAUUUUGUAUCCUUCGACUAGGACUUGCAGAUUGUAUCAGUAAGAAACUUUUAGCAAAGACGUUGGAAAGAGCAAAGGAUUUAGUUGAGAAUGGUGGAGAUUGGGAACGACGCAAUCGUUUGAAAGUUUACGAAGCUACUUAUUUGUUUCAGAAGAGAGAUUUUAAGGGAGCUUCCAAAUUACUGUUGGACUCAUUGGCUACUUUCUCUGCUUAUGAGUUACAUUCCUAUUCCCAGUUUAUUUUUUAUACCAUUUUGUCCAGUUUGAUUGCCGUUGAUCGUCCUACUUUGAAAACGCAAGUAAUAACGUCACCUGAAGUUCUAUCUUGUGCCUUUCAGUUAAAGAAUAUUUUUGGACUCCUAAAUGGACUUGUUGCAUGUGACUAUCAUCAGUUUAUGAAUGCUCUACUUGGGUUGUUUGGAGAACUGGAACAUGACCGAUAUUUGAAACCUCAUACAUUUUAUAUUAUUCGGGAGUUACGAAUAGUUGCAUACCAUCAAUUUCUUAUAUCAUAUCAGUCGGUUACUUUGGAAGCCAUGGCGAAGGCAUUCGGUUUAAGUACGACAUUUUUGGAUAAGGAACUUGCUCGUUUCAUUGUUUCAGGGCGUAUCAAUUGUAAGAUAGAUCGUAUACAAGGAAUUAUUGAAACGAAUAGGCCGGAUACUCGAAAUUCAUUGUACCAACAAACUAUCAAACAAGGCGAUGUGGUGCUUAAUAAGAUACAGAAGCUUUCUCGAUUUAUAGAUAUCUAAAGUUUCAACUUAGUUUUGAUCAUCAGCUGUUGACCAUUGCUGUUUACAAUGCGUACAAACAAAAUAUAAAACAAUUGCAGUGUCGUUACGUCCAACAGGUCCCAUAAAAUAAACUGCUUCACGGUUUCCACAGUGUGAACACUGUGUACUUCGUGUUCUUCGAAGAGUAGGGUCGAGCCAUACGUCAUACAUUUGCAAAAAUUUUCCUCUUUAAAACAAAAAAUCUUUUGUUCAACUUCAAGUCCCAGAAAGGGCUUACCUGUUGGUUGAAGUGACUACAUUUCGAUAAACUGGAAUUCCCAAGUCCUCCGCAACUUCCUUAUGGGAACAGUUGCGACAAGCAUAUAACAUUCUUCUUUCCCCAGUUUCCUGAAGAUAGGCUCGGUCUUCCAUAGGAUAUAACAUAUUGUUACAUUCUUUACAAAACUUGACGGGCAUAUCGUAACACCACCACACUCAAAACACCACUUGAAAAUAAUAAAUUUUUCAUUCAUUUG